AUGGACCAAACGACUGCAGUGAUGGCGUCUACGACACAUGAAGCCAUAACUCUCAAUAUUAUUUCUGAUCUUCAAACACUUGGUCGUACUUCAAUACAUGCAAAUGAACUAGCACGUGCUCUAUCCAUUGUGUCACAAUGUUAUAGCGUCCCCGUACCUUCUAGUGCAGCAUGUGCGAUCCCGAAAGCAUUAAUGGACGUCUAUGAUCUUCUUCAGCGUAAUCGAUUGUACGCAAAUGAUAGUACACUUUCGAUCGAUAUAGAAGAACAACGUGAAGUAUUUGAACAUGGAUUACGACUUUUAUGGACACACGUGACAACAUAUCAACUACAUGCAGCACUUAUUAAUAUUGUACGUACAAUUGACUUUAUACCACGUGCAAUUGUGUUCUGGAAACAACUUCAAAAACGAAGAUUGCGCGAAUUUUUGCAACGAGGACCUUUACAAUGGAUUUCAUCGCGUACACAACAAAUUACAGUUGAAGAAAAGAUUCGAAGCUUGAGAGAGACACUGGAAGCACAUUUAAAAAAAAUUGGGAUGUUAAAGGAAAUGACAACAAAAUGUGCGAGUACAUUUUCCGACUAUGAACAGUUAGAAAUGAGAAUGAAAGAAGGCAUGGCAUUGGUCGAGUUUGUAUACAAUACAAAUGGUAUUUGUCCACCUCGUAAAGGUCAUGGAUCGUUCAAGUCGCAAGAUCCGCUUCUUUUUACAAUCUUUCACUUUGAUGAAAAUAUAUUUGACAAGAAUCGCGCUAUCAUAUCGACUCAAGACGUUGUGAGUUCCUUACAACGCGUUGAAAAGAAUCUCAAGAUAUUUCAGACAGCACAAGUUCAGUAUUUACGGUGUUUUCAACUGGCUAUGGCACCUUGCCGUCCUCCAUCAAAAAUUCGUCAACGCUGGCUUCAAGUUUCAGCUGUUGCAAUCUGUCUUACUGCUGGUGGAUUUUGGGUAUUGACAAAUCAAAAGGAAUUUCAUGCUGGUAUUGUGGCGACACGUGCAGCAUUACAAGACUUUCUUCGUGAACACAUGCUCGAGCCAUUACAAGCAAUUUUUGAAGAAGUAGUUUUAAAUCAAAAGCCUCAAAUUCAAGAUGCUAUGGCAUUACUGGACACAAAGGAGAGUUUACGACGUAUGUUGUCAGACUUUGUUAAAGAUACAAAUCCAAAAGUAUCACGAGAAGAGAUGCAGCGAAUUAUGACUGAAAUGGAUAUGUCAGUUGUUUCGUUGCAGUAUGAAAAACAACUUGCUUCAGCUGUGAAAAACUUGAUGACGGGUGAUAUCGUACGUAUGCUGCUUAUACAAGUGCAAUUUAUUAAAAAAGAGCUCAUGGUGGCCAUGGGAGCGAUCGAUGAGUUGAUGCAUGCGAAUCAACUGAAUAUGCAGAUCAUGGCUACAAUCCCAACAUUUCUUGUCUUUGGUGGCUUGUACAAGUUAGUCACAACAGCUUUUCAUAUGAUUUACAAGCGAUUGAGUGACCGAUUGUUCUACGAUUCGAACGAAAUUGCUGGAUUUCUACGAAACAAUUUGCGCGACAUUGAAAGGCUUUUAAACAAACAAAAUCGUGGUCCAGGAACGAGUGAGGAAGUAGUCUUGGGUGUUCGCGAUCUAGGAUUCCUCAUUUUGUUGUUACAUCAAUUACGCGAUCUCUUUGAAGCGUAUCGUGCUCUUUUCCAAGAAGAAGAACAAGAGCGUUUUGAAGAAGAUUUGGAUGAUUUGAUUGCUGAAGGACUGCUAGUUUCGCAGCAAUUGGCUGUCAUUCAGCGCAUGUACCAUACGCAUCCAUUUCUAUACAGCACGAAACCGAAUAAAGCACGCUGGAUUUUGGACUAG